AUGGACGGGUCAUCCAUGGCUAGCACAAAGGACACAGCUGGCGAGAGCAGUGAUACGGCGUCCACAAGCUACCAGCCGUUUCCGGAAAUGAGCGCCGAACAAGAGUUCUUCCUCUAUGAGUUGGAAUCAACAGAUUCCGGCAGUAUAGGUCUCGUGCUCAGGGCCAUAUAUGACUGUGGUGAUGUUAGGAAAUUCAGUCGUGCCCUUGAGCACAGAAUUCAUCAGUAUGAUAGGAACAUCCAAAAGGUGUGUUCUUUUCACUACCAAGGCUUUGUGGACUCUAUGAAAGAGCUUUUGUUGCUCAAGGAGCGAUGCAGCGACAUAAAGCAAGAUGCUGCUGCUAUUGAUUCUCAAAUCCAAGCCGCCAGCGAGGAUCUAUCGAAGAAAAGCCAGGAAAUAGUUAAGUAUAGAAAGCUUGUGAAGAACGCAUCUACUGCCAUCGAUCAAAUAUCGGUAUGUCUUCCGGUGUUGGAGAAUUACGCAAAGUUACAAGAACUUAUGCAACUCAAAAAAUACUACCAAGCCCUCAAGGUCUUGGAGGAGUUAGAACACACUCAUUUAGCGCUUGUAGAGAAGUAUCGCUUCACCCAGAUUCUGGCGAAGACCAUGUCUCCAGUAAGGAAUGAGAUCAAAGCCAAGGCAUAUUCCGAGUUCAAGGAUUUCCUCGAAAAUGUCAAGAAGGUAGCAUGUCGGAUCGGAAGACACGCUAGCCGAUGCACCGCUGAGCAGCACUCUUUCGGUGUUAGUGAAGCAGAGCGAGCUCGAAGGCUGCAGCAGGAGGCUAAACAACAUGAAAGUAUCACUCAAGACCUCAUUGAUUUCACACCGUGCGCCCAGAUUUUCAAUGUGUUAGGAGCUAAAGAAGAGUUUGAUGUGUAUUAUCGUCAACAAAGAAAGGACCAGUGUGAUCUCGUUAUUGAGCCGCCUUCAAAGAUGAACUCUCUGAAGCACUACGUGGACUAUCUCGAUGAAAUCAUCGGUUUCUUUGUAGUUGAAGACCAAUAUAAUCAUCACAGAACCCACUCUUGUCACAUCAUCACACAAAGAUCAACUUUGGGAGAGCGCUCUCAAGAAGAUUGUUCAUACAAUGAACACGCAUUUCAAAAUAAGUCAAACCAUGACAGGGAGGGCUGCCCUGAUGUGGAGAUGAUGCUGCGAAUGAAGAAGGUGAUUCUUCUGUUUGCGCUCACAAUGAAAUCGUACGGGUAUGGCAUUGGUCCACUGUAUUCGUUGCUGCAGAAUUUCAGAGACCAGUACAAUGAAAUCUUAAUGAGUGAGUACUGUGCUCAGUUUGAGCGAGAUCUUGAAAAGGAUAACUACGCACCGAUAAAUGUCGAAAACGAGGAACAGUUCCGAGCGAUCAUAAAGGAGUUCCCCUUCUACAAAAGGAGCAUGGAACAGGUUCAGUUUCCACUCAGCCUUAAGAACCGUUUCCUCGGAAGUUUCCUUACUCUCGAUUUGUUGUGUCUGCUUAUUCCAAAGGCCAAGUUGUACCUUCAAGGAUGUUUAAAGUUCAUGGAACAUCUUCAGCUGACCCACUCUGAAAUGGAUGAUACCGUGAGAAGAUAUGCGAACGUGUUGCUUUCUCGUUGGUCUGGAAGUUUGAAGUCGUUUGUGGAGAGGAAACUUUCUCUAGUGCAGUUGGUGCAAAUUACAAUCAACAUUGGCUACCUGGAAAAAUCAUGCGAAUCUCUGGGAGUGUAUAUCACAAAGUUAACGAGCGGCAACGAACUGAAUGUGUCAAUGACGGCUCAUCAGCUCUCUUUGACGGAGCGAGUGUUUCGGGAUGCCAGAAGCGAGGUGGAACAGCAGAUUGAAGUGUGCAUUCGAGAUAAGGUUGACGCCUUCAUCGAGUUGGCACAGUAUGACUGGGAGCUGCCUGCCUCAUCAGGUGCUUCUAAAUACAUUCAUCCUUGA